CAAUCAUUCCUGGGAUGUUUGCCUGGAAUAAACACGGCGGGAAGUUUCUGCUGCUUGUUUAGUGUGAUUUCGGGGACCAGAGUCCAGCGCAGGAACAGAACCAUUCUGACCCAUUUCAAGCGUUUUUUCCAGGUGUGGACAGAAAGACGUUCUUCAUGUUUUCCUCAUCAGAUGUUAGCGGAACAUGACUGAGUCACAGCGUGGACCAUCAUCUGCCGGGUCUGGCUGAGCUCCAGGGUCUCUGCUGUGGAACGUGAGCGGCUCCGUCAUCGUAAUGGCGGUGAACAUCAUGUCUGGGUGUCUGCUCGCCGUCUGCCUCCUGGGAAGGUUCCUCCAGGCGUUCAGUCAAGGUGAAGUGUUCCGCAGGCCUCCAGUGGCCAGCACCGUGUUCCUGCGACCCAAACGGGCCAACGCCUUCCUCCUGGAGGAGAUCCUGCAGGGGAACCUGGAGAGGGAGUGCUAUGAGGAGCGCUGCAACUAUGAGGAGGCGCGGGAGGUCUUUGAGGACGAUGCCAAGACGAUCUCCUUCUGGACCCAGUACCACGGAGACGGGAACCAGUGUCUCCCCAACCCCUGCCUCCAUGGAGGGAACUGCACUAACAGGGUGGGGGGGUUCUUCUGCUCCUGCAGACCCCCCCACUACGGACACACCUGUGAGCUGGAACCACCAGAAGAAGACCAGGAGAAGACCAAGCCUCAGUACAAAGCUCCAGAAAUAUCAGAGUGUCCCACCCAGGGCCCUGGUGCGUGCCACCAGCUUUGCACGGCAGACUUUCACUCCUACAGAUGUUCGUGCACGGCGGGAUUCAAACUACAGAGCGACAUGCGAAGCUGCCAGCCUGAAGUCCAGUUCCCCUGUGGGAGGAUUCCUGAUGCCAACAGCUCAGUCUGUCACCAUGGAAACUGUCCCUGGCAGGUGUCCCUGAUCAACAGCAGUGGGGUGGAGCUCUGCGCCGGCGUCAUUCUUGGGAGGCGGUCUGUUCUGACCACCGCUAGCUGCCUGCUGAGGUCAGGUGACCUCCGACCGUCUGGAUUCUACGUCCAAUUAGGUAACCGGAAGGUGGUCCCAGUCGGAGCGCUCUUCCUCCACCAACGCUUCCAGUUGGACCAGCAUGACUUUGACCUCGCCUUUCUGGAACUCACCACCCCCCUGAACUUUGGCUCCGCCCUCAUCCACCUCUGCCUGCCCAGCAAGGACUUCAGCGAGAACAUCCUGAUGAUUUCUGGGAGGACGGGCAUGGCAGACAGAAAGGGGCGGGGCCAGAACCAGGAGCUGCUUUACAUGCCGUUAGACGAGUGUCGCAAUCAGCUGAGCGUCUCGCACCCGCUGAGCAACAAGAUGUUCUGCAUGAGGAGGAGGAAGGGGUCCGGAGGCGGCUCACAGGACACGCCAACAACAGCCAGCAGCAACAGCACCGGCCCAAAUGGACCUAAUGUUACGGAGGAAAGACUCCCUGAGAACAGCAGCCUGAGCUUCCAGAACCCUGAGCCACCAGGAGGGGGCGUCUGCGGCGGCCUGGUGCCGGGCUCGGCGGUGGUUACCAUGGAGAAGGGGACGGCCUUCCUGACCGGCCUGCUGAUGUCAGCGACGUCAGACUGCGACGGUCAGGUGUUCACCAAAGUGUCCCGCUACCUGAACUGGAUCCGACCCCGGCUGCAGGCGGCGGAGAAGCACAUGACCGCGCAGGUCAGCCUGUAUCCAGAGAUGCGCUGAGCCAAGAACCCAGCCGCCGUUACGCCUGAUUUACUAAAUUAUUGCAGUUUGUUUAAAAAUGUCUCAAACUUCAAACCCAGUUUUUCUGUUCUAGAUUUCUGAUCCAGAACUUUUCUUCUGUUUCUGGUAUCAGAACCAUAAAUAAAUGCUUUUAAAGGUG